GCAGCCAGGACACGGGCGAAGAUUUCAAGCCUGCGACGCGCGGGCAGGCGUACGCCGCGAUCUCGUGGGCCCUCGGCGCCUGCCUGGCUUUCGGGCUGACGCACUGGGCGACGGGCGUGCUCCAGGAUGAGACCUUGACCUUCAGCGGCAAGGCUGCGAUUGACCGCGCGGGCGCGAUCGAGUUCAUGUGCAUCAUGUCCGGGCUGCUCUCCUCGCUCUUCAGCUAUGCCCUGCUCACCCGCCCUGGCGGUAGGGCCCUCGCCUGCCAGUGCCACGAGGUCCUCGGACUGAAGGACGGCGUUCCCUCCGUGGCAAACCUUCUGGUUGGAGCAGUCCACUUCCUGGCCCUCAGCGUGCAGCGCCACGUGCUCGAGAAAGACCUGACCGAUGCAGGUCCUCUGCUGACCAUUGUGAGCAGCGACACGGUCGUCAUCAGCAUGUAUUUCUACCUGUUCGCGGGAGAGGUGGUGAGCCGUUCUGGAGUGUUCGGCAUUGUCCUUGUCCUGGUCGGGAAUGUUGUCUCCUCCUCGGCCGUAGCGGCGUUGUCGAUCGAACCUGUAGCAAUGGCCUUAAGUCUUGUCACCAUGCUGUUGUUUGCCGCGGCGGCCAUUUGGAUGCGUCUCGGAUCCAAAGGUACCUCCGCGGCCGCUAGUUUCGUGAUCCGGUGUCAGACGUUGUCUCUAGCAGCCGUGUUGGGCAGUGUCGUACGUGGUGGUAUGGAUGGCCAGACAGAUUUGUUAUUUUUUGCAGUUCUCGCUUGUUUGGCUCUCCUACAUGAUGUUGGUAUCUUUUGCAUUACGAAAGCUUUGGCAGAUCCUUUGGCAGGAGUGUGUUCUGCUAUUUGGGGGUCAAAUGCUGUAGUGGUGCUCCUCCUGAACAUCAUUGUCUUGCGCAAGUUCCCGAAUGACGUUGCGUUGAGCGGAAUGUGCUGUACCGUCGCGGGGAUCCUCGUAUGUUCGACGUGCAGCCGCAAGCCAGAGGCCGUCCCAAUAAAGAACAGCGGCGACAAGGUCGGCUCGGGGUCCGAUGCAGAUGCUGGGUGUUCUGCGGAGUCAGAGUAG